GAUCUGAGCACAUCACGUAAAUAUGUUCAUGUGACAGCCGUCCUCACCUGUAUCCCCGAGAGAGCUGCGGGACCAACCAGACGGACUCUGAGAGCAAGAUGGGUCCGGCCGCGCUCCUGCUGCUGCUGCUGCCGCCUCUAUUCGGGCCACCCCCAACCGAGGCAGCGCCCCAAAUGGACGAGAUCUUGCGGCUUCCAGGGCUGAUGAAACAGCCAUCCUUUCACCAGUACUCCGGCUACUUGAACGUCGGAGGCGGCAAGCACUUGCAUUACUGGUUUGUGGAAUCCCAGAAGGAUCCUCAGCAUAGUCCUGUGGUUCUGUGGCUCAAUGGGGGCCCAGGAUGCAGCUCCCUAGAUGGACUCCUCACUGAGCAUGGCCCCUUCUUGAUCCAGCCAGAUGGAAGUACCUUGGAAUAUAACCCUUAUUCCUGGAAUUUGAAUGCCAAUGUUCUGUACCUCGAAUCCCCUGCUGGUGUGGGCUUCUCCUAUUCUGAUGAUAAGAACUAUGUGACCAACGACACUGAGGUUGCCGAAAACAACUAUAAAGCGCUCCAAGAAUUCUUCCGCCUCUUUCCUGAGUACCGUAGCAAUCAGCUGUUUCUCACUGGGGAAAGUUAUGCUGGCAUCUACAUCCCUACACUGGCUGUGUUAGUCAUGCAAGAUUCCAGCAUGAAUCUGCAGGGUCUGGCUGUGGGCAACGGACUUUCCUGCUAUGAACAGAAUGAUAAUUCUUUGGUCUACUUUGCCUAUUACCAUGGGCUCUUAGGCAACAGGUUAUGGUCUGCCCUUCAGAUUCACUGCUGCAACCACGGGAAGUGCAAUUUCCAUGACAACAAAGACCCAGAUUGUACAACUAACCUGUUGGAGGUGUCACGUAUCAUAAGCAAUUCAGGGCUCAACAUCUAUAAUCUCUAUGCUCCUUGUGCUGGUGGAGUUCCUGGCCAAAUCGGGUAUGACAAGGACACAUUUGUAAUAAAGAAUAUGGGAAAUCUCUUCACUCGAUUGCCAGUCAAGCAGAUAUGGAACCAGGCACAGCUGAGAACUGGAUUUAAAGUGCGGCUGGACCCCCCCUGUACCAACACCACAGCACCCUCCACCUACCUAAACAACCUCUAUGUGCGAAAGGCUCUACAUAUACCUGAGUCUGUACCAAGCUGGGACAUGUGCAACUUUGUGGUGAACAUUAAUUAUCAGCGCCUCUAUCAGACCAUGAAUGAUCACUACCUCAAACUUCUCAGUGCCCAGAAAUACCGGAUCCUGGUCUACAACGGAGAUGUAGACAUGGCUUGUAACUUUAUGGGAGAUGAGUGGUUUGUGGAUUCCUUGAACCAGAAGGUGGAGGUACAGCGUCGGCCAUGGCUAGUGAAUGACGGUAAUGGGGAGCAAGUUGCUGGCUUUGUGAAGGAGUUCGCCAAUAUCGCCUUCCUCACUAUCAAGGGAGCUGGUCACAUGGUGCCCACCGACAAGCCCCUGGCAGCUUUAACCAUGUUCACAAGAUUUUUGAACAAGGAGCCCUACUAAGUCCCUCUUGCCCUGCAGUGGAAGAUGGAGAGCCAGCCAGCCAGCAGCCCCUAACUUCUGCCUAGGGAUGAGGCCUGGUCCUACUUGGCCAGAAUCGGGCCCAGGCCUGCAGGGGUAGGGAUUCAUAUUGUACCCAAAUUUCUCAUGUGGAUUAAUCAGGAUUUUGAGUAGGGGGAUUAAUUUGAGCUAUUUGAAGGGGUGAGUUGACACUGGUUUAUUCUUUAGGGAAGACCUUUCUGGGGUAUAGAAUACUAGGGUGUCCCCUGAAUGUCACCACUCAUGCACUGUUCCCUACCCUAUGUUGAGCUCAGGACUAUGCACAUGUCACCUAUAUGGGAACUGAAGUUGGGGGCGGGAGGGAGAGAAGGGCAGGGCUUCACUGUGAUUGUGGGAAUAAAAGUCCAUAGCCCA